UUUUGGCAUGUUAUGGUGGAGUGACGCUGGCAGGGGGGGGCUACAGGCCGCUUGAUUGGCUGUGAAACGCUCGAGUUGGCCUGGCAGAGCAACAGCACAGCGCUAACGCCAUUGGGUACCUGACGAAAGCCUUGUGCAGUCCCUACUGGACAAAGAGGUAUCCAGUACCGGUGCUAGCCACUAUCGCCCCGUGGGCAUGCAAGUACCUGGAGACUUGCCCAAUAAACGCACUUCGCAAGGAAUACCUACCUGUACAGGGAUGGGCACGCCUUUUAGGGGGCACCAAAGGGUCUCCACUACCUAGAUGCGGCUGCUCCCAUUCACUCUUGAGGUGGCUGGAGACUCUACUCUCUUUGUGCUUUGUCCUCUGCCACAUCAACGUCCGAGCUCUUCGCCAUUGGCCCGCAAACCGAGAGUUCUCUGCAUACUACCUACCACAACGAACCCUUGCGCGUGUUAUAUGAGAAAAGGGUUUGCAUCAAGCAGGAGCUAGGGGAAAUCCAGACACGCGCACUAAGAUGGCCCAGAAAGCGCGCAAGGACAGGGCGAAGUCUAACGCCACUGCUCUCAAGAACCUACACAUUGGCACACUGGUUGUCAAUACUUUAUUUGUUCUCUGGAAUCUACUUUUCAAACGGAGAUCUCUACUUCUCUAUGUGGUCCUCUCUCUCCCAGGCUUUAUUUGUGAGUUUGUCUUGGAAUCAACUGGCCGUCCUAAGUAUGACCCAUCCAACAACUCUCUCAAAACGGCUGGCGAAGACCUAUCCGCCCCUGGUCUUACAGAGUACAUGUUCGACGUUAUUUGGGUUACCUGGGCUUCUGUUGUUCUAGUCGCCUUCUUCGGGAACUGGGGCUGGCUUCUCUGGUCCGUUGUCCCAGCCUAUGGGGCAUUCAAAGGGUUCGGUGUUGCUCGUGGUAUGGCAGGGAUGAGGCAGGCGCAACAGCAGCAGCCCGGAGGGGCUCAAGCAGCGGGGAACAGAAAGCAAAGGCGGGCAGCUUGAGCAAUACUAUCUCCAUUGGGGGCAAUUCUUGAUAUGAAGACGAG